AUGGUCUCUGUUGCCAAGAAACAUCCGGACUUACCAAUCUUUGACUCUCCGAACUGGAACGCGGAUACACUCAGCAGUGUUAGAGUUAACAGGAUAAAACACUCGCAUCAGAAUGUCCGGUCUGCCACCCGGCCACGCCACGGACACACCAUCCUAGAGUCAAGAACGAAGAACAAGCAUAAGAUUUCUAAAAAGACGGUCAAGAUAGCGCCGAUCAUUCAAGUCGAAGAAUCGCCCAUGAUGGACGAUGGGGAUGCUCUCCCGCCAUUGUGGCCAAAAGCCGGCGAAGGCCUGUAUGCAAAACUUUCUCCAGAAGAUGAAGACCGAGCAUUUUUGCUGGACGAUAAUGACGAGGAGGCAUUUAGCCAUUUUGGCGUGGACAAAUUUGGCAAGCAAAUAGCGAUUCCUUUCUAUUAA